AUGCAUCUGAUUUGGACAUACUACUGCAUUGUCAGAACCAAGCUGGUUGGACUUGUGGUAAAGCUUCUGCUUCUUAUUGCUGCGACUGCAGUCUUGAUCAUAUGGUUGAUAAUUGGCAUCCCAGGAAGCAUAUUUGCUGGAUUGGUAUAUGGUUUUCUAGCACCCAUAAUGGCUACAUUUGAUGCUAUAGCAGAAGGCAAAGAAAAGCCAUUUGUUCAUUGCUUUGUGGAUGGAACAUGGAGUACUAUCACUGGAAGCUGUACAGUAGUCAGGGACGUGAAAGAUUUGCUUUUCCACUCCUAUUUUUCACUUAUGGAUGACCUUCGUCUUCAGAAACCUCCUGACGGGGAGCCAUAUGAGAUAAGAUUGCUUGAUAUUCCUGGUGCACUAAUAGCGGCUGCAUUUGAAUUUCUACUUGAUGGAAUAAUGUUCACAUUAAUUGCCUUCUAUAAGUGCCCCGUGAUGCUUUUCAAAGGAUGGAAACGAUUGAUCCAGGACAUGAUUGGGAGAGAAGGGCCCUUUCUAGAGACUGCUUGUGUGCCAUUUGCUGGUCUUGCUAUUCUUCUUUGGCCAUUUGCUGUAGUAGGAGCCGUUCUGGCAUCCGUACUCUCCAGUGUCCCUUUAGGUGCUUAUGCUGCAGUUGUAGCUUAUCAGCAAGCAAUUCCACCUUAUAAUGAGCAUUAG